AUGAACGUAAUGGAUAAGAUAAAGGAAAUAGAGGACGAAAUGGCAAGAACACAGAAGAACAAGGCAACAAGCAAUCAUCUUGGAAUUCUUAAGGCAAAGCUGGCAAAGCUGAGGAGAGAGCUGAUAAGUGCGCCGAAGGGCGGGUCUUCAGGAGAAGGCGGGUUUGAUGUUGCAAAAACAGGAGUUGCAAGGGUUGGGUUCGUUGGAUUUCCAAGUGUUGGCAAAAGUACUCUUAUGUCGAAAUUGACAGGAACAUUCAGUGCUGUUGCUGAGUAUGAGUUUACGACCCUAACGACUGUUCCUGGUGUUUUGUGCUACAACGGGGCAAAGAUACAGAUCCUGGAUCUUCCUGGAAUCAUAGAGGGGGCCAAGGACGGAAGAGGGCGAGGGAAGCAGGUGUUGGCUGUUGCAAGGACAUGCUCGCUGAUUAUUGUGUGCUUAGACGUGCUCAAGCCGCUUUCACAUAAAGCGGUUAUAGAAAAGGAGCUUGAAGGAUUCGGGAUCAGGAUAAAUAAGGAAGCUCCCAAGAUCAAGGUGACAAAACGAGAGAAGGGAGGGGUGACGUUGAUUGGAGACAGUUUGGACCUGUCAACAGUCAAGGCAGUGCUUGCGGAGUUCAGGAUCUCAAAUGCAGAGGUGUUUACAAACGGGCCAUGCACCAUUGAUGAUAUGAUUGAUGUGAUUGAGGGCAACAGGAAGUAUGUUCCGUGCAUAUUUGUGCUGAAUAAGAUAGACUCGAUCAGUGUUGAGGAGCUUGACCUGCUCUACAGAAUUCCGCAUGCAGUUCCAAUAUGUGCAAACCACGGAUGGAACUUUGAUUCGCUGCUGGCAAAAAUGUGGAGCUAUCUUGAUCUUGUCCGGAUAUAUCCAAAGCCCAAGGGGCAGCCGAUUGACUACAAUGAUCCGGUAAUUCUGAAGAGCAGCAAGCGAAGUGUAGAGAACUUCUGCAAUGCAAUCCACAAAGGGAUUCUCCCCAAACUUAAGUAUGCCCUUGUGUGGGGAACCUCUGUGAAGCACAACCCACAGAAGGUUGGCAAGGACCAUGUAUUGAAUGAUAGUGACAUUGUGCAGAUAGUCAAGAAUGUUUGA